AUGGAUAACUCGCCAAAACAGGUUCUUUUCAACACGAAGCCGUCAGAUACUAAGCGAUGCACUGUGGAAGUGAGACUUUGUAUUUGGGAAGAAAUCCCACAAAACGCCACACCAGAUGAAGUUAGAGUGGAGGAGAUGAUUGCUGAAGAGGAGGAAAGCAUUGCCAGUAAUUGCCAGGCUGAGGGAUUAUUGUUCAACAUCGUAGAAGAAGGAAGUCAACGCAAGAAAGCGAGAUUAAUUGACAGUCUUAAAGAAAGCUUGAACGGAUUCAAGAAAGAGCAUUACGCGCAGUUUUCCUAUAUAAACAAUCAAGCUUCCAAGCAUUACUGGAUAGGAGUGCUACUUGACUGCAUGCCCGACACUCCACGUCCAGCACUCCCAGCACCAGCUUGCUUGGCUAGAACCGCUAAUCGGAUAAGGCAGAGCAUGCGACCAAAAGACCCUCGAGACCUGACCUUUGUGCUAAUCCAUGAAGCCAUACCUGAGGGAUUCCUACAUGGGGGCAUUUCCAUGAAAGACCGCUGCCAUUUUAUUUUAGCAACUAACCAUCAGUUAGAGAACCUUGCCAAAGCUAAAUCUUGGUACAUCAAUGGAACUUUCAAAGUCAGCGUGCAUGAUGACUUGGAAAUAUUUAAAGCUCGACUACGAACCGCAGCUUUCUUCGUUGACAGUAAUCCUGAUGACAACUUAACAGUUCCUUGCCACCUACCUCAGGUUCCAAAGGAUAGGAAAUGGAAACCUCCAACGUCAAGGUACCCUGAACUUGGACUAUUUUUAGCUAAUGUACGGCGUGAUCUUAUUAAUCCUGAGAACAUUAGGCAAGCUAGUGAUAACCUUUCUCAAAAAGAACAGGCUGCGCUUAAAGAACUUAAAAAUUCUAAUGUAGUGAUUCGUAUACAGGACAAAGGCUCCCGAUUUGUAUUAAUUGAUGAAAAGGAGUACGAGGAAAAAAUGUUUGGUCAGCUCAACAACCAGUUACCAUAUAAACCUUUGCAAUUGGAUCCAACCCCUAAGCAUUUGGCAUUGGUGGAGAGUUGGUGUUCCAAAUGGCUAGGAAAGGGUGAGAUUUCUCCCAAAGUAGUCAAGUGGGGUUUAAAUAAAGAAGCAAGACCAGGAGUUGCGUUUGGAAGCAUCAAAACGCACAAAAUGGGCAACCCGCUCCGACUUAUUACAUCUUGUUGUGGCACGGCAAUUGAAAACUUAUCGGCCUUUACUGAAUUUUAUUUACAUCCACUUCCUCAAAAAUUACCAUGGUUUAUUAAGGACACCACUGAUCUGCUUAACAAAAUAUUACAUCUUAACACAAGCGGCCCCUUUCCAACCGGCACCUUACUGGUCUCGUGGGUCUUGGUUUCAAUGUCUCCUAACAUUGAUAACAAACUCGGCCUCACUGCAGUAAGGAAGGCUUUGAAUGCUAGAGAAAACAAAUUUCCAUCCACGACUUGUAUUUUAGAAGCUGUAAAAAUUUGUUUGAAAAGCAACCAUUCUGUUUUUAAAGAGAAUUUCUUUCUUCAAAUCCAUGGCACAGCUUGUAGCUAUGCCAAUCUAGCCAUGGGCGAAAUUGACCUCAAAGCUAAGUUUUCUGGUCCGAUAAAGCCGUCCUAA